AUGAAACUCUCAAAUAUAACAUAUGCUUCAAUAAUUGCCGGUGCUGCUGCUGAAGAAUUCUUUCCAUUCAAGGCGUUCUUAAAAGGCGAUCGUCUAUCCAAAAGAUCAUGUCUUGAUUGCUAUAGUGCUCUGGAGAUCCAAGUAGAACACUGUCCAGAAGAUCUACUCUAUGACGUAGACAAAAAAAUUGAAUUGUUCGAAUGUCUCUGCGCUCUUCCAAUCGAAUAUUAUCAGAAGAUGGUGGAUUGCAUGUACGGCUGUGACGAAUUAAGUCUUUCCGAAACUACGACGUUUGAUGCCGACGGUUUGAAACUGUCCUAUUGUGUUAAUGCCAAGGAGAUCCAAACCUAUAAUGGCGAUCUUGAAGAUUUUCCAAAUUCUAUGCAAGGAGAAAACAACACCUCGGUGCUCGAUCCAAUGGCGAAUGUAAUUAGCAGUACUGCAACAGGUUCCACUACAUCUUCCACCAAUUCUGCUGCCACUUUGGGAGUUGCCUCGAUUCUUGCCUUGUUUGCGUUGUCGUUGUUAUAA